AUGUCAAACGGAGUAUUUAUUGACCAGUCAGCGGAGUCACUAUGGCAAGAAGCGCUCCGUGAGCUCGGGCCUGAAGACAAGGCUGUGAUCACCAACAAAACGACAGAUAAAACUGCCCUUCUUGAAGAACUUCUCGGCCUUGCAGAAUCAAAGAGAGAUGUCUGCCUUCAGAAGCGAUGGAAAUACAAGCGAGGCGACGACGAGAUCAUCAUUCGAGACCAAGUUGAUAAGAUCAUCGCUUGGGUUCAGCGCUUCAAGGAAGUCGGCUCUACAGCUAUACAAUAUGACCCUGAUCACGCCGCUCUGCCAUGGGCGGGUGUCGUUCUCGUUCUUCAGAUUGCCUGUAACGACUCUCAAACGUUCGGUGCAAUGGUGGAUGGAAUCGAGAGCAUAUCAUCUCUCAUCGUUCGUUGUUCCGUUAUUGAACAGUUAUGUCUCAGUGAUGGAAACACUUUGCCGUCACAGAAUCAACUCCGGCAGGCGCUGGUGAAGCUAUACAUAUCGAUAAUGCGCUAUCUGACCAAGGCGCGGCGGUAUUUCAGUAAAAGAACGCUGAGUCGCAUGGUCAAGUCCGCAGUUUCGACACCGGAGAUAGAGGUUCAGCGAUACCUUGACAUUAUUGCCAAGAAAGCUCAAGCAGUUCAUUCGUGUUUCAUGUAUGUGCAAGGCGAACAGCAAAUUGCAUCUGGAGCCAAGGUGAAGCAAUGCUCAGAGAUUUUAAGCAAACUGGAAGAACCUAUGAUCCGAUGUUCUUUACAAAUAGCAGACCUGUACCGUCAAUUGACCAGGGAUAAGAGAUUGAGGGCCAUGGCUUGGUUGUCUACCAUUAAUGUUCGCAAGCAUCACAACUCUGAAGCCACAGACUAUCUCCAAGGAUCAUGUUCUUGGCUUUUCCAGCAUGCUGAACUCUUAUCUUGGAAGCGAUCGAGCACUUCAUCCAUUGUUUGGUUGCAUGGUAUACCGGGCUGUGGCAAAACAAAGCUCGUCUACUACACCAUAUCACGUCUGCUGGAGGAAGCGGCCAGUGUACAGAACUCUGCUCCAGUGUUGUACUUCUAUUGUGCAAGAAAUCCUGCAGAACCCAAGAGGGGUGCGCCAAUUGAGAUCUUACGCAGCCUUUUGAAGCAACUUGCAUUUUCUCAUGCCGAUGGGGCCAUCAGAGAUGUCGUGGCUGAACUAUUUGAAGAGAAAGACAAGGUGGCGGAACGGGAAGGUUGUGAGAUUGAGCAGCUGACGAUAGAAGAGUGUGUCAGCACAAUUCUCAGAAUUCUGGAAGAACAGCCAGCUACUAUUAUUAUCGAUGCGCUGGACGAAGUUGAUCCAAAAAAACGUCAGAAGCUCUUGUCGGCACUACAGAGAAUCAUCCGAAACUCUUCAAGUCUUGUUAAGGUGAUGGUCUCUAGUCGCGACGACAGUGAUUUGAGAGCUCACCUCUCCAAUUUACCCAACAUCUAUAUCCGAGCCGACGACAAUGCGCAAGACAUUCGACGAUUCACACAUCACUAUGUACAGCAGGCACUAGACAACGGAGCACUUCUGAAUGGAGUCAUAUCCGACAAUCUGAAAGCGAACUUGCUAGAGCAUUUGGACAGAAAGGCAAUGGGCAUGUUUCGCUGGGUAACUGUUCAGAUCGACAAUCUUUGCGACAACCGGAGAAUCAAGAUUGAACAAGACGUGCGGGAGGAGCUUAAAUGUCUUCCGGAAACUUUAAAAGCUUCGUAUGAUCAGAAAUACGAAAGAAUUCGACAGUUAGCGAGACCUAGUAGAUUGAUGGCCGAGAGAACCAUCAAAUGGCUUAUGUGCGCACAGUCCUUGAUGACUCAAGACGAACUACUGCCGGCGUUAAUAUUCGCGCACGAGAAUCACUCUCUAGGUCUCAGUCCGCUGGCUAUCUUGGACACAUGCUGCAACAUGGUCAUUGUCCACAAUGACGGGUUCGUUCGAUUUGCGCAUUUGUCUAUUCGGGAGUAUUUCGAGGAUCAUGAUGAUUACAAGCUCGAAGACUGCAAUGCUACCGUAUUACAUCGCUGUCUCGAGGCUUACAUCAACACCUCGUUAGACUGGCGAUUCCACACAUACCAUCCGAUAGACCUCAAGAUCAAACCUUAUGCGGCCCUUCAUUGGCCUCACCAUUUUCGAUCAAGUCGUAAACCCAGAAAAGAUGAUGCCCUCACGAUGCUUCUGGAGAGAUUCCUGUUUGAUGAGAAAGGGCCAAGCCAGGUUUUCAAAGACUGGGUUGAGGAAAUUUUGAACCUGGAAAAGUACACAGGAGGGGUGGAGGACCAAGCAGACACGAUUGAGUCGAUCAUGACCAUAGUCAGCAAUCCACCCUCAUCUCUAUUCCUUGCAUCUUACUGCAACUCAACUUGGAUGCUCGAGAAGAUGCAAGCACGGUGUCUUGGGAAUUGGAGCCUUCUUAACCGCAACCAGGAGUCCGCGGCCUAUGUGGCUAUCAAGAUGAACUCCCCAGACGCUCUCGACUGGCUAUUGGAAUCUGAGCUAAUAGAUCCCGAGCACAUGGUCAAAGCACUUCAUCUCGCGAUAGAGGAGAGCGAAAUUGAUACCGUGAAAUCGUUGAUUGACUCAGGUGUAGAUGGUACAGCAAUGACAGAAGAGCGGGAAACAGGUCUAGGGCUAGCUGUUAUCCAUGGGCAGUAUGAGAUUGCUGAAGAAAUACUGCGCCGGUCUCAGGGUUCAGAGUCCUGGGAGUAUGCAGCAUUGCUGAGUACGUCGCUAUGUGAUGCUCUUCAAUCAGAAUUCCCUUCAAUUUUCACGUUACUGUGGGAUGCACUCGUCCAGACAGAUCCACCCAUCUUCUUCCGGGUAUUGUUGAUCACAAGGGAAGGUGCUUUUGAGGACAUCCUGGAAGGCCAAAAACGAGCCCGAAAAGAGCUAGUUGGUCAUAUGAUCGAUUAUGCCAGAGACUCACAAGUGGAAGCUGUGAGAAGAAUCAUCGAGUUAUCCGACCUUCUUGGAAAGGAUUUCAAUAACCUAUCAGUCGUCGAUUUUGGUGCCCUUGCGAUCACUUCACGCGGCAUCGGCAAAUCAGGUUGCGUCAUUGAUGGACUUCGACCACUUGUUCUUAUGACUCUAAGCGUUUCUAAAGGUUGUACCCUUGAACAGUACAAUGAAAUGACCAGUAUACUCCUUGACCUUGGUCUGACAUAUUUUGGCCCUGGAUGGGAAGAUGAUUUCUACGACGAUGAUGUCUCGACUCUACAGGAGUUAGGAGUUGGAAUGCCACACAAUGCAUGGUCUCUUCUACAAUUAGAUCUUUGGGGUCAGUUACCGAGGUUGCUCAAUCAGGUCCUCAAGCAAGGUAUGGACAUUAACGCCCAAACGUCACACGGUGGAUACACAGCCCUCAUGAUGAUUGCAAAACGGGGGGGAUCUCAAGAAUGCUUGGAGAUACUUGUCGAUUGUGGUGCCGAGAUGGAUCUAGUCGAUGAAGAAGGACGAACCGCACUUUAUUGGGCCGUUGCUGAAGGAUAUAUCGAUAUCGUGGCUUCGCUAUUGGACAAAGGAGCCCAACCCAAUAUCUCGGAGAGGGGUGGGCUGACGCCCUUGGAUGUGGCUGCUCGCGAGUGUGAACACGAAAUUAUGAGUCUUCUCAGAUCAAGAGGAGCACUCAGACCCAGAUUUAGCCUCUUUGAAGACGGUUUCACGAUCCUCUUUUCUCAUCAAGCCAGAUGUUCAAUGUGCUUGAAGAUUCUGCUCAAACAGCCUCCACUCCAACACCAUGACGACGAGCUUUUGGACUUCAUUGAGCUUUCGCCAAGUAGAGAAAGCUCUGCAUAUUCAACGCCACCUAGCGAAGAUGCCGAAAUCAUCCUACCAGAAUUGAACGACAUCAAUAUCAUCAACCUUCGUUCAGUUGAAGACGGUAUCACGCCAUUGCAGAUUGCAUGUAUUACGGGAUCAACUUUCGUUGCUCAAAGGUAUCUCGACUUUGGAGUUGAUGUCAACGCUGUUGAUAAUCAAGGCUUUUCAGCUCUACAUUAUGUGGUGUCUCCCUGUAGAGAGUCUACCAUCCAGCUCCUACUCCGCAACAAAGCAGAUCCGCUCCUUCAAGACCCGAAUGGACGAACUCCGCUUCAUAUUAUGAUCGGGUCUACGGCGAAUACUUACCUUAUGCGAUAUUUCGGAUAUUCCAUGGUCAAUUUGUUGAUCGAACAUAUGUCAACUUUGGACACGCCUGACAUCAAUGGAGAUACUGCGUUGCAUAUCGCAAUUCAGAAGGAUGAUUUAAACUGUGUCGAACUCCUUCUUGCUGCUGGGGCAGAUAAAAAUGCCAUCAACAAAGCAGGUCAAUCACUGUUAGACUUGGCUAAAUCCAUUGAUGGCGAUGUUCUCGAACUUCUUUGGGAUGUUUAUGACAUAUUUAGCAACUAUCAUACUUCACUUUUCAAUACGGACUUUACUGAGGAUAACGUAUUUGGGGAAGUAACAACUGCACUUAUUUCAGAAUCUGCCAACAACGAUAAGAAGGAUACCAAGUGUAAUGAGGACACUCUUGAUCAAGAAUCUGAGAGGGUUGGACGUUAUUGGGAUACGGGGGUGGAUUACUUUGGUUCUCAUGGGGUAAAGGAGUUUUCGGAGCUAAGAGGGGCAGAUUCUAUCCCACUUCGACCGUUGGCAUCUAACUAUGUAUCAUCUCAGAUGCGGUGA